AUGUUGGAAUUAAUCAAGCAAAAAUUGAUUAAUUUGAAUUUAUUUCAAUGUGUUCCUCCAAUACAAGAUGAAAAUAUUCUCCGACAACAACGUUAUGCUACACGACUUUCUAUAGUUCUAUCAAUUAUAUCGUUAAUUAUUUUUACUAUUUUCACAUCUACUGAUCCACAAACAAAUCGUAUUACUUCUAAAUCUCCAACACCAGAAGAGUUUAUUCAACUUCAUAAGCAAUAUCCACAAACACUUGAUUGUCCUUGUACUCAAACAACAAUUGACUAUCAAUUCAUUUUUAGUAUCAAACCACAAUAUCAUGAAAUAUGUUCAAGUGAAUUUGUCUCUUCUCAAUGGAUCAAUAUUGAAUUUAGUAAAUCUUCGAUGACAAAUUUAUUAACAAAUGAUUUUCGUUAUCAAUCUCAAUUUCAUUUUCAACUUUUAUCAACAUUAUGUCAAAUGGCUAAUGAAACAAUUCAAGAUUCUCUUCAAUCAUUCUAUCGAACUAAAUUUGUCACAAAUAAACUAUUAAUUAAUGAAUCAUUUCAAACACAAAUCGAUUCAAUCGUGGAAGAUUUUAAAAAAAGUUUACCUGCAUCAUUUCAACGUAUAAUUCAAUUGAUAAAAACAAACUCCAAGAUUAAUCAAUUCAUUACACCAAUGAAUUCUAUAUUUAGUCCUGACGAAUAUCUUGCAUUAUUGCCUCUUACGCAUAAACCAUCAGAAGAAUUAUUAGACGAAACACAUUUGUGCUUUUCAUCUUCUGGUUUGCAAUGUUACCAAAAGACCAUGAUAAGAGAAAACGAAAUUAACAACAUUAUUCCCGGAAUGAUUCAAUCGUGGUUUCCUUUCGAAGCACUCAUGAUGUCAACAUUAGAAUGUUUAUAUAAUGAAACAUGUCUUUCUUACAUAAAAACAUUCAUUAACUCAACUCAAUCAUCAAUUAACAUUACUACACUAAAAUUAUCAUCAUCAUUGAAGAAUAGUCAAUAUGAUCGAAUUGAAAUAUUAACUAAUAAUCUUUUUAUUCGAUCAUGGGAUAAUGAUAAUUCCUAUGGGUCAUACUUUAAUCAAUGUCAUGUAUUAACAUGCCAAUACAGUUACAAAAGUCGAUUGAGUUAUAUUUAUGUUGUAACAAGAAUUACUGGAUUUAUGGGUGGUAUCAAUGUUAUUCUACAUAUAUUAUUGCCAUUGAUUGUUAAAUUAUUGAUUAAAACUUGGAAUUAUAUUCUUCAGCGUCAACGAAAUAACUCCCACACAGUAAGAGUAUCAAUAUCUAAACGAACCCGAUUUUGGACUUAUCUUCAAGCUCUUUGGAUAUCUAAUAAAAAAAAGAUUGAAGAAUUAAAUCUCUAUCCAAUUAUUCCACCAUCAACAGAUUUACAAAUGAUUCGUCGACGUCGACACAUAACUCGAAUCUAUUUGAUAUUAUUAAUGACAAGCUUGUUCAUUCUUAUUAGUUAUACAUUAUUGAAACAAGAGACAGUGGCAGACUCAGUUUCAUAUCCAUCAUUAUCAAAAUACGAAGAAUUAUUUGUUCAAUAUCCUGUAACAUUACAAUGUCCAUGUAAUCGUAUUACAAUCAAAUUCAAGGAGUUUAUAUCUCGAAUUGAACCUCAAUACCAUGAGAUCUGUUCGAGUAUUUUCGUCUCACAAGAAUGGUUCAGUAGCGUGCCUGACGGAUUUCUAUAUAACAUCAAAAUGAGCAAAACUGAUUUUCGUAAAAUAAUUCAGAUGCAAUUCGAAACUUUGUCAACACUUUGCAAAAUCGCUCAAAAUACAUUAAAUAUAUCGUUGUCAAUAUUGAAAGAAACUGAUUUAAUUACAGCAUAUGUUAUUUCUCGUGUUGAAUUUGAUAGUCGAACAAAAUUAGUCAUAGAACAGUUCAAACAAACAACAUCGAAUCAGUUCAUAGAAACAUUCAAAUUAAUUCAAGCAAUAAAUCAUGCAAAUCAGCUUGGCAUAUUGCUUUCCUCUAACUGGAUCUUCUUUCGAAAAUAUCCACAUAAUAAUCUCGAUCUAAUUAAAGAUGAGCUGAUUGAUGUACUAACUCGACCACAAAAAUAUGGAACACAUACUUGUUCAUGUGGAAUACAAUCGAACUGUUCAAACCUAGCAGAAUUCCCAUUUCCGACACCAAGCAAAGCAUUCAUACAACCUCUUCCAGGAUUUCUUUAUGGUUGUAUGAUGCUCGAUUCUUUAUUGCAGUCAACUUUGACUUGUCUCUAUAAUAAGACAUGUCUUAGUUUUAUACAAUCAUCUAUUUACUAUUCUAAACCUUUACCAGUUAAAGUUCUUACGCAUUCUUCAUUAACAAUGCCCAAUACAACGAUUGAAACACUUCUUAAUCAAAUGUUUAUAUCUCAAUGGUUUCAGAAUACAUCAUUUGAUCUUUAUUUUAAUCAAUGUGCACCUCAAUCAUGUGAAUAUUCUCAUGUAUUAGAAUAUAAUUCACUCUAUAUUAUAACAACAUUAAUUGCUCUAUUUGGAGGUUUAACAAGAGGACUACAUGUUCUUGUGAAAUUGCUAGCAAUUAUCGUAUACAAAUUCGUUGAUUGGCGAAAGAAGAAAAGACAAGUAGUAUCAGAUUUAACAUCAUCGAAUAUCUUUAUAAACAUUGACAAUAAUGAAGAGGUGAGCGAAGUACUUUCGAUUUCGACAACAACCGUGACGACAGUUCAGGACACUAUAACGUCUGACGAAGAACAGAACCAUCCCAACAAAACGUAUCGAGACCGACUAAUACUAAUUUGUUUAACUCUGUUAGCUAUAGCAGCAAUAAUAUCAGUGUCCAUUAAUUUGUUUAUUGCUCGAAAUAAAGAGCAACAAGUUAUUUCAACAACCAUUCAAACAACUACAGAAAGUAGUAAUAAUUUAAUAACAGAAUCAACAAUGAUAUCAACAAAUAUUUGUCAUAUGAAUUUUAAGUAUCAAUCUCAAACUUAUCCUACUGAUCUUAAUCCUGUAUCAAUGGUGAUCGGUGAUUUUAAUCAUGAUGAUAUUGUAGAUUUAGCUGUGACUAAUGCUGAUUCAGAUACAAUAAGUGUGCUAUUGGGAAAUAAUAAUGAAACAUUUCAAACACGACAACUAUAUUCAACAGGAAAUGGAUCUAGACCAACAGAAAUAGCAAUUGGUGAUUUUGAUAAUGAUACAUUCUUAGAUUUAGUUAUUAGUCUUGAUGAAUAUUCUGAAUUUCAAUUUAGUAUCUUUUUAAAUAUGGGCAACAGAUAUAACUUUAAAUAUAAACUAUGCUCGUGUGAUGUCUACCCGGGUAAAAUCAUUUUAAUAGUCGCCUAUAAUUUGGAUAAUGAUGCAAGACUAAAUGAUAUGGCCUGGCUCACCAGUCGUGGUCUCGUGUUAACUCGCAGGACAUAUGAGUUCCCAAAUUAUCUCAAAGACGAAGUUUUAACAAAUGAUGAAAUAUAUAAAAAUCCAUCUGCUGCAGUCACAGGAAGAUUCAAUGACGAUGAAUUCGCCGAUUUGGCGUUGAUUUCUUUUCAAUCGGACACAUUACAAGUUUUACUUCGCUAUAAAGAUAAAGUGCUGUUGGACUGGAAGACCAUUCCAAUGAUUUAUCUCACAGAUCACUAUCCGACAUCUAUUGCUCGAAUUAAUUUUAAUAAUGAUCGAAUCGAUGAUUUAGCUAUAUUACAUUGCAAUGGAACUGUAACAAUAUUUAUUGGCUCAAAACAUGGACUUUUUGAACGGAAAGAUUUAUCUUUUGGAACUCAUAUUGGUUGCAUUGAUAAAUGUUGUCAGUCAUUGCAAGUAAUUGAUUUGGAUCGAGAUGGAAGAGAUGAUCUAGUGUUUAUUGAUACAGGAAUGAAUAGUAUUCAAGUUGCUUUGGGUUUACCUUGCAAUGAAUAA